AUGAGCGAGAGACUUUCAAGCACCCGACGUACGUUGCCCGCGAACACCGCGAGCGUACGUCAAUUGGUCAUCAACAAGCAGAACGCUAGAACACUUGCCUCCCGCAAUGCUCUAACGAACCAGAUGGAAGAUGCCCUGGUCAAAUGGAGGCCGCCGGUGUCCUGUCAUGCCGGCUCGACGGCAGCGUUAAGGGGCAAACAUCCGUACCAGAUGGACUCGCCGCCUGGUGGUACCGAGCUGGGUCUGCGUUUUUCCCUAGACACACUGAAACGAUGUUUCGAGACGUUUGGCCAUUCUGCGCACUCCGUGCACUCCAUGGUGGCACGAGAGUCCGCUGCUGACGAUGAUGCCUCCACGGCUAUGUGCUGGUCGGUACAGGAAUUUGGUACGGCAGCGGACAUCGCGACACCGUAUGCAUUGCCGGUGUCGUCAAGCACGCUAAACGAGCGCGAAAACAGCUCGCCCAUGCAAUACAGUUUUCCGAUUCCCGUACAGUACCUUCCGGUAGAGCGCAAUACGGUGGAUGCCAGAACUCAGGCUGCGAGUCACCUGCAUGAAAGAGACGGUUGUUGGCCAAGUACGCAAGCGGUUUGUAUUGCGUCCUGGAACCAGUUUGUCACGGUGGUCACCUGUAGUGGCUCUUCGCAGGGAGUGGACACGGAACACAAUUAA